AUGGGCGACGUCGAAGAAAUUGCCCACGCUCUAGCAGGCGCCGGAGGCGGCGCCUUGUCCAUGAUCGUCACAUAUCCGCUCGUGACCUUAUCGACCUUGGCCCAAACCACCAAGAAGAAGAAGCAGGCUGCUGGCGACGACCACGCCUCCAUCAGCCCAGCCACUCAGUGCAAGAUCCUCGAUGCUCUCACCACGAACUCGACGUACUUAGCAGCCAAGGACAUCAUUGCUGAGAAGGGAGUGUUGGGAUUGUACUCUGGCUUGGAAAGUGCACUCUACGGAAUCACACUCACCAAUUUCAUCUACUACUAUUUUUACGAGUUGACUUCCAACGUGUUCCUCAAGGCCAACAACUUGACUGUGCGCAAGGGCAAGGGUUUGUCGACCAUGCAGUCCAUUAUCACGGGAGCGAUUGCAGGCUCUAUCACCUGUGUGGGGUCCAAUCCGUUCUGGGUGGCCAAUACGCGGACCAUGACGCGCAAGAAGCAGUCUGAGGACGGCACCGAGGUCAAGGGCUCGACCUCCACGUUUGGGGCCAUUUUGGAGAUCAUCGAGCAGGACGGACCUGCCACUUUGUUCGCUGGGGUUUUGCCAGCAUUGGUGUUGGUGAUCAACCCCAUUAUCCAGUACACCAUCUUCGAGCAGGUUAAGAACUUCGUGAUCGCCAAAAACGGCAAGAAAUCGUUCACAGCCGUGUACGCGUUCUUCAUCGGAGCUUUUGGAAAGUUGAUCGCCACCUCAUUGACCUACCCGUACAUCACGUUGAAGUCGAGAAUGCACAUCAAGAAGAAGAAGAUUGCCAGCGAGGAGAAGGAGAUUAAGUUGUCGAUGUACCAGGAGAUCAAGAAGAUCAUCCGCGAGGAGGGCUUCGAGGGGUUGUACGGGGGAUUGACCGUCAAGUUGGUGCAGUCCAUCACCACGGCAGCCUUUUUGUUCUAUUUCAAGGAAGAGUUGUUGACAGGAAGUGUCAAGUUGGUGGAGAUCUUGCGGUUGUUGAGGGUGAAAAAGCAAGGAGUGGUGGCUUAG